AUGAUGGAGCUAGUUCCUGUAUUACUGAUAGGCUUACUGUUACCGGGCCAAGCUAAUCUUCGGGACCACAUUGAGCAACAGUUCGACCUCGAGACUACACGGUCCCAGUUAGCUGAGACAGGUCAUGUACAACUUGCUGGCUAUGCCGAACGAGCGAUCGGUCUGAUGCAGCGCUUUUGCGCACCGGCUCGUGAUGAAGAAGUGGCUCGACUCCGCGAGAUUGAGGAUCCUGUCGAGCUAUUUCGGUAA